AUGUUCCCUUCGCUUCUCAGCCAUCACAUAGCCUACCAACCUGUCGACGACACUCUAGUGGGCAGCGGCGACUUUGACAAGACACCUCCUUCAAGUAGCCGACCUUCCCUGUUGGUAGCUCGUGCCCCAGAGAAAAAAAAAUUAGUGCCGAAUGCCAAGGUUACUACUUUUCGAUCCCAUCGUUUAAAUCGUGCUGAGAGAAGUGGUAAUUCGGCGAGCAAUCAGGAGCUCGUGGCAGCUCAUCACGCCAAACAGGCAUUUUGCGAUAAAGGCCUGGAAGCAGUGGCCUCAAGGCUGUACUUUGGGAACCAAGAACUUACAACACAAGACCCGGUCGACCAGAAAUAUCCCACUACAGCGAGCAUACCUGCAUUUGAAACCGUUGAUUGGUCAGGAAAGGCUACGACACCGAGCUCGCUUCCUCUUCUUCUGUAUAAACAACUAGAUAGUCAAACGAGCUACGCAGGACCCUUUUCGAUGGCAGGUGCAGGCCCGAUGCUUGACCUCUUGGCCGACAAUGACUUUGCAACGUCUUCUGAAAAUCGUUCACACUCUCCUCACAUAUCAAGAGUAACAACGAUCCAAUACCCUGGUCAUAGUUUGGUUUCCAAGAUUCGGCCGGCUGAAGGCAAUUCCCCAACUCGCCAACCCGACAUAGUCGGAGAAAGCCGGGGACAGGAGUAUCAACAAAGCCGCAACAAGGUUGCCCCUUUCGAUCCAGCAAACGAUGGACGUGGCACGGGGGGAUUUCCGCACGAAAUGUUGACAUCCCCACCUUCAACUACUAGUCCUUCAAGUGCGAUACAGGAUACAUCGCCCCAAGGCAACUCUACGGAGGAGUCUCACAGCUCAGUCGUCGAGCCAGGCCCAAAUUCAGAAGGCAAAAAUGAACUAGCAAUGGCAGAGAAAGACGAUUCAGAAGCUUUGGCCGGCAUGCCCUGGCACAUGCUGAAAAUACCCAUUUCCAAGGUUCGUCCUUGUGUCCUAGAGCCAACUUCGGAAACGCACGCUUCGAACUAUCCAACUUUUGGCCCCAAGGUCCAGCUUGCCCUAUUGGAUAACCUGAACCCCAAUUCCUCAGGUACAACUUCAGGGCCCUUUUCUUUUGAGCAAACACCUCUCUCAUCUGGUAAGCAUGUCUCCUGUAGAGGCGACUCGUUCAGCACUGUUGGCUCGCAUGAGGGUCAUCAUCAUGCGUCUCUACCGAAGCAAGUCACGGCAGUCACAAGUGGUGACCACUCAAUCGAUAAUUGCCCUACAUCAUACAACUUGUCCCUCACUAGUGAUAAAAGUCUGAGUCGCCCCGACGAGUUUAUUCUGUUGCCCUCUCAUAGCGAUCUAUCAAGUGGCGAAGUCCUUGAAGUGACCGACAUAGAGGCAGCAGCCCCCAGAGCAUCACCAAUGUCUAAAUCAGAUGGUGCGACUUUAGAUGAUUACGCUCAACAGAUAAGCCCUCCCUCAAACACCCGUUCCGAAGGGGACUUGGCGAUAUCCGAAUCCAGGCAAGCAGCCGAACACUUCGCUACUCCGGCCACAAAUUCCCCAGUUCUGUACGCACCCAUUCCCGUAUCUAAGCUCCGCCCGUCUUUCCCGACGGAUUACGCAGCCGAUUCUCAAGCACGUGGACAUAGCUCGAUUCCCAAAUUUGACACUGGCUCGGAUGACCUAGGCCCUGGCAAAAGACCUCAGACUUUAUACUCGACCGGCUCCUCAGGACACACUCAGGCCCUAAACUCCAUGUUCGAUUACAAGCGUACAGCUCAGUGGCUGAAGGAAGUCUUGAGAUAUCCCGAGACGCACCCACCAAAGUAUACGAAGCACCCUGGCCAGCGCCGUCGAAUGUGCAACACAUCGCCCGAUCAAAGGUCAGUACUGUCUUGCAUCAUCUCCUCAAAAUCCCAAAACAAACAGUCGACCUUGUCCGAAAAUCAGUCGUCGAAAUUCGAUCGCAUGGGAUUUAAACGUGCCGUUAGUGAUUUGGAGAGACUCCUGAAUGAGGCACUGGCAAUUGCGUCACAGGUUGUGGACCAUCCAGCUUCAAGCUCUACUCAGGGGAGAGACAAGCAACCAUCUACAAGUGCUUAUUCACAGGCCCAUAGCCUUACUAGUCAACUCAUGAAAGGCAGUCGCUCCAAGGCUAGUUUCUGUUCACCAAGUGCAGAUGGCAGCGGUGGGGACUUCACCCAGGUCGAAAAUAAUGCCGACAAAGAUGCCAGCCAGGAAGGGAAGCUAUCCAUUGCGCUGCCAGGGUCGAUGUUAAACGGUGUUGCUCGUGGUCAAGUUCCUCGAGUUGAAAUCGGGCAACGAGAGAGUCAAGACCUUGGCCGAGCUGGCGAAUUCAAAAUUCCACGCAGAAAGUCUAGCAAGAAAUUGGCCAUAAUAUCCACUACGCAAGCUAGUCAAGGGAUCAAACCUCAUCUUCGAGCUGGUCACCUGGAUAUGACAAACCCCGGAAACAAAUUCACGACAAAACGUAACGAAAUGUCUAGGCCUCCAGGUCAUGAACCAGGGGCAGCGAGGCCAAGGCCUGCUUAUCAACACCAUCCAACUCAUCGACAGCCACUAGCAGGUGAUGACAUGCUUCCCGAACGAGAUAUUGCUGGCAGGUCAUUACACACAGAUCACGGUAUCAGUCUUCGUCGACGAUCGCACGUCAGUCUGAGAGGAGCCCAAGGGUUCAGUCUUGCCAAGUCACAUAAGCGACAACCAAUUGCUCGAGACUAG